AUAUACAUAUAUAUAUUAUAUAUAUAUAUAUAAUAUAUGCUGUAGAGAAUUUCAUGGCCGCAUUGGUUGCGUUGCAUCAGCAAGUGCAAUGUUCAUCUAUUUUCGGUUGUCUCAUAGCGGUAAAUCGCUUCAAUGAUCAGUGAUUUUUAAUCUGGAAAAUGGCCGAAUCGGAACAAAGGAACAAAGAGAAUUGUAUUGUAGGAUCAAAAGAAAUGAUGGUGAAGCAAGAAAAGCGUGAGAAUACGUUGACAAAUGGCGGGAAAGGAUCUGGGGAUGACGCGGACAGUCUCGAAGAAUUACCUCUUGAUAUUGGUGAACACUAUCUUGUUCGCAGAUCUGAUGAUUCCUGGCAUCCAGCAGAAAUUAUUCAAACUCGAUAUAAUGAGAGUGAAAGCCAUUAUGAAUAUUAUGUUCAUUAUGAAGGACAUAAUAGAAGAUUGGAUGAAUGGGUGCCUAGGGAUAGAAUUAUGUCAAGUAGAUUUGAUAUGAGUGAUAGAAGUUGGAAAAGUGGAGACAGAAAUUCUGGUACUGAUUUACUGGCAGAUUCAUCAGAUCGUAAGAUUACAAGAAAUCAAAAAAGAAGACAUGACGAAAUUAAUCACAUUCAAAAGACAUAUGCUGAAAUGGAUCCUACAACUGCUGCACUAGAAAAAGAACAUGAAGCAAUAACAAAAGUCAAAUACAUUGAUAAGAUUCAAAUAGGAAAGUAUGAAAUUGAUACUUGGUACUUUAGUCCAUAUCCAGAAGAGUAUGGCAAACAACCAAAACUAUGGAUUUGUGAAUAUUGUCUUAAAUACAUGCGUCUUGAAAAAACUUAUAGAUAUCACAUGAGUGAAUGUACACAUAGACAACCAGUUGGCAAAGAAAUAUAUCGCAAAGGCACAUUAAGUAUUUGGGAAGUGGAUGGUAGAGAGCAUAAAAUUUAUUGUCAAAAUUUAUGCUUACUUGCAAAAUUGUUUUUAGAUCAUAAAACACUUUAUUUUGAUGUUGAACCAUUUCUUUUUUAUAUUCUUUGUGAAGUUGAUAAACAUGGGGCUCAUUUAGUUGGUUAUUUUUCAAAGGAGAAAGAAUCACCUGAUGGUAAUAAUGUUGCUUGCAUUUUAACUUUACCGCCGUUUCAAAGACAAGGAUAUGGAAAACUUUUAAUCGCUUUUAGUUACGAAUUAAGCAGAAUAGAACAAACUGUUGGUAGUCCUGAAAAACCCCUAAGUGAUUUAGGAAAAUUAUCAUAUAGAAGUUACUGGAGUUGGAUUCUUUUAGAAAUUUUGCGGGAUUUUCGAGGUACUCUUAGUAUAAAAGAUCUGAGUCAAAUGACAAGUAUAUCACAAACAGAUAUCAUAUCGACCUUACAAAGUAUGAACAUGGUUAAAUAUUGGAAAGGUCAACAUGUAAUUUGUGUAACACCUAAAUUAGUUGAAGAACAUAUUAAAAGUAGUCAAUAUAAAAGACCACGGUUAACAGUGGAUAGUAGUGCACUUAGAUGGGGAGCUCCACCACGAAAGAACGUAAAACCUGGCAAAAAGUAGCAGAAAUCAAAUUGCAAUUUAAUGAUUUUCAUUAUCGUGAGAUUCACGAUUGAAUGUGUUUAGUAAACACUUCAUGAAAAGUUGCACUUAUAAUACGAUAAUAUGCAACAAUAUUCUUAAACAAUUUUUAUACGUAUAUGCGAAUUUAUGUAAAAUAUUAUGCGUAUAUUUCGCUAAUUUGCAUUGUAAGACUCAUAUUUGACUCGUAAGAUGAGUAAACAUGAUUGAUUUCUAAAGCUUCGUUAAAUCUUCGGAGCGUAAAGAUAUUAAAAG